GAGGGAGAGGUCAGGCCGAAUUGUUCGGCUGAAAUCAAUGUGUUCUUUAAGCCUCGAGAAGCCCGAGUCUAUCAACAGACSGUUUACUGUGACAUCUCAGGACGUGAGACCAGGCUGCCCCUGUUCCUCACAGGGGAAGGCCUUGGACCCCAACUCCGCUUCAACUUUGAGGAACUGAACAUCGGGGAGGUUUUUAUCAAAGCAGUCAACAGAUAUGAGGCAGUCCUGAUAAACAAGGGACCUAUUGAGGCUCCCUUCAGCCUCAUCCCUCCAACCACAGCCAUGGGCUCCUGCUUCACCUUCCUGCCCCAGAAGGGCAUCGUGGCACCAGAAAAGCUCCAGGCUAUUCGGAUCACCUUCCUUCCCACUGUCCUGGGGGAGUUCAAGGAAAAAUUCUGCUUCCGUGUGACUGGAGCUCCUGAGACACCUUUGACCUUGACUAUCAGGGGCUUUGUGAUGCCACCAACUCUGCAUUUCGAUGUGUCCGCCCUCCGCUUCGGUGACGUCUCCUGUGGUUUUCCUCGCACCUUGAAGUGCUGCCUGUCUAACACCAGCAUGGCAUCCGUGGRCUUCAACCUCCGUGUUCCUGGGGACGGCUUGGGAGAGCCCAGCGUUUGCAGCUCUGUUCAGAUGUUCARAACCGAUCGCGAGGCUUGGAAUAAGAGAGCUCAAGGUGUUAUGAGGCCAAGUGAAUUCACAAUACAUCCCUCCACAGGGAUUGUCCGCGCCCUGGGAUCCCAGGAUAUCGAGCUUCACUCACUGCCRUUACCGGUUCAAAGUGACAAACAAAGGACGACGCAUCCAUCAGCUGUACUGGACCACAGAAGGGUUCAGCAUCUUUCGGCGGAAUAAUCAUUCCUCUGCCCUCAAUGUCACCAAGAAAAAAGCUGUUACUCAGAUCCCCCGACCUGGCAGCCCCGUGUUUAAGCUGAGGCCAACACAGAUGGGCCUGAAGCCUGGCCAGACUGUGGAGGUYGUGCUGGAAGGCUGCUCCAGCACUGCCCAGGAUGUGAAGGAGCGGCUACUGUGYCAUGCUAUUGUGGGGAAUGAGAACGCAAAGAGGCUGAUAAUGCAAGUGGAUGUCACCUGCAAGUUCAUUUCUCCUGUUGUGGAAAUGUCUUCCAAAGCAAUCACUUUCCAUGUG